GGAAGUUAGUCCUACUGUUAAUGUUUCCUGUCACUGCUAUGAACAGUGUCCAUUGUUGCUUCACAUAUAUUUAAUUCAGAUAAAAUGUAAGAUUAAUUCAACCCUCUGGAAAUUUUUGCUCAUGUCAAACGUCUUUAAAGGUGAAGUUAACCGUUGCGUUAUGUUGCUGCUUACGGCUUUCAAGUGAAGUCAGUCGACAAGUUUAAGGUAUCUUUUGGUGGAAAGGGACCAGGACUAUGGAUGUAGAUGGGAGGGUCCACAGUCGGUCUUGGGACUGGGACAGUCCGCACUGCCGAGCCCAGCUGGAUGACAUCUUCUUCCGUCCGAGCGACUACAUUCAAGCUGGCAGUCCGGAACACAAAGACUUCUGGGCCUUCUUUGACCGCUUCCAGAGGUUUAAGCUAAAGAGGGACAUGUGUGGACCCGGUCCCAGCCCUGAAGGGAGCAGAGCCAGAGUUCAGACUGGGUCUUUGGACCUCCCUAAGGAGUAUGACGCUCGCUACCGUAUCAACGUGUCAGUGUGCACCAGAGACAUCGAGGAGCGACUUGGAAGAUCUCAUCCCAACCACAGGCGAGACCCAUCAGGUCUAAGUUCUCAGGUGAUCUCGGACUUCCGCCUGGCCCUCCUCCACUUUCUGGACUUCAGCCAGAGGCAGAGCUUCGGCAAGCUGGCCAAGCUGCGCCGGGAGCAGAAGAACCUGCCCAUCUUCCAGUACCGAGACCGCAUAGUGGAGAUGGUGAGGCGGCACCCGGUGGUGGUGGUGGCUGGCGACACAGGAUGCGGGAAGUCCACUCAGGUGCCCCAGUAUCUCCUCUCUGCCGGAUUCACAAACAUAGCCUGCACCCAGCCCCGACGUAUUGCCUGCAUUUCCCUGGCCAAGAGGGUCAGCUAUGAAAGUCUCAACCAGUACGGCUCAAAGGUGGGCUACCAGAUCCGCUUCGAGACCACGCGGACCACCGCCACCAAGCUGAUCUUCCUGACAGAGGGCCUGCUCCUCAGGCAGAUCCAGCAGGAGAAGACGCUGGACCAGUACCAGGUGCUGAUUGUGGACGAGGUGCACGAGCGACACCUGCACUGUGACUUCCUGCUGGGCGUCCUGCGUACCCUGCUGGCCGAGCGCCCCGACCUGCGCCUCCUCCUCAUGUCGGCCACCAUCAACAUCAAGCUCUUCUCCGACUACUUUGGCGGCGCUCCUGUGCUGCAGGUGCCAGGCAGGCUCUUCCCCAUACAGGUGAUCUAUCAGCCCGUCCCACCGGAAGAGCAGCCGUCCCGCUCGGAAAAGAUGGACCCUCGGCCUUACCUGCGCAUCCUGCAGGGCAUCGAUCAGCGCUACCCGCCGGAGGAGCGCGGCGACCUGCUCGUUUUCCUCAGCGGCGUGGCCGAGAUCGGCACCAUCCAGGAGGCAUGUCAGGUUUACGCCACGCACACGCGCCGCUGGAUCGUGCUGCCACUGCACAGCACGCUUUCCCUGGCUCAGCAGGACAAGGUGUUUGAUAUAGCGCCACCUGGUGUCAGGAAGUGCAUCAUCUCUACCAACAUCGCAGAGACCUCAGUCACCAUCGAUGGAGUACGCUUUGUUGUGGACUCCGGCAAGGUGAAGGAGAUGAGUUUUGACCCCAAGGCCAAAAUGCAGCGCUUGCAGGAGUUCUGGAUCAGCCGAGCAAGCUCGGAGCAGAGGAAAGGUCGCGCUGGCCGCACGGGCCCCGGGGUGUGCUACCGCCUCUACGCCGAGUCCGACUAUGACGCCUUUGCUUCGUACCCCGUGCCCGAGAUCCACCGGGUGGCGCUAGACUCGCUGGUCCUGCAGAUGAAAAGCAUGGGCCUCGGAGAUCCGCUUUCUUUUGUCUUCAUCGAUCCUCCUCCCGCUGCCAGCAUUCAGACCGCAAUUACCUACCUCAAGGAGCAGGGGGCGCUGGACCACCACAGCGAGCUGACCUCUAUUGGGAGUCUGCUGGCUCAACUGCCGGUCGACGUCGUCAUCGGGAAGAUGCUGGUGCUGGGCUCCUUGUUCAACCUGGUGGAGCCCGUGUUGACAGUGGCUGCCGCCCUCAGCGUCCAGUCGCCAUUCCUGCGCAGCUCCCAGCACAACCCCGACUGCACCACCGCCCGCCAGCCCCUGCACUGCAACCAGGGAGACCCCUUCACGCUGCUCAACACCUUCAAUGCCUGGGUGGAGGUGAAGGGCGAGCGAGGCGGCGGUUCCAGAAAGUGGUGCCGGCGGCGAGGCCUGGAGGAGCAGCGUCUCUAUGAGAUGGUCAACUUGCGCCGACAAUUCAAGGAGCUGCUGAGGAGCCACGGCCUGCUGGAAGGUGACGACGAUGGCAGCGGAGGCAGCACCUUGGAGGGCGGCGACCGCCAGCAGCGCCGCGAGCGUCUGACGGAGAGGCGGAAGCUUCAUCAGAUGAAGAGGGACCACGAGCAGCAGGAGGGCACCAAGCGGAAAGUCCUCCGUCUGGAAGAGGGUCAGGAAGGAGCGUUUUCCUCUGGAUCCGACACGGACGAGGUGGGAAGAAGGAGAAGCAGGAAGAAGAACAAGGAGGAGUCCGGAGCGAACGUAGACAUCCAGGAAGUGAAGUUCAAGCUACGUCACAACGUGUCGGAGCUUCAGGAUGCCGUCAGCGCCAGUCAGGACCUGUCGUCCCGCCAACAAGCGCUCCUCAAGCUGCUGCUGUGUCGGGGGCUCUACCCGCAGCUGGCUCUGCCCGACGAGCACAACGCGACCCGCAAGGACACCGAGCAGGUGUUCCAUACCAAGAAUAAGCAGGGAAUCGUCAUCCAUCCCACCAGCGUGUUUGCCAGCGACCCCGAGGUGUUACACGUGCCUCAGGAUGACGUCCGGGACGUGGGACCAGACAGACGAGACAGCAGCAAACAUCAGCUGCUGGCCUUCGUCACCUUGCUGGAGACCAACAGGCCCUACCUGUCCAACUGCGUGCGUGUUCCUGCGCUGCAGGCUCUGCUGCUGGUGGCCAACACGGUGGACAGCAAUGCAGACUGCUCUCGGCUGGUGGUGGACGGCUGGCUGGAACUGCAGCUGAAGGAGCCAGAGGAGGCCCUCAAGGUGCUGUCCAACGCUCUCAGCCUCAGGACCGAGUGGGAGCGCCUCCUGCUGGCCCAGCUGGGGCAAAGUCCCACCGGCGUGUCCCGCAAAGCCACAGACAAGCUGAGCGAGCGUCUGGUCCGCUUCCUGCUGUACAACGAGAUCAGCUACAGCCUGCAGAGGCUCUCAGCCCUCCAGACACAGAACCUGUACGUCGGACCUCAGCCUGAGUCAGACGCGUCUCUCGGCACCACGGCGAGCGUCACUCCGCUGUUUCUGGGCGCUGAAGCCAAGCCCGACCCCGUGAAGGGGGGCCUGCGCGUCACCAGCUUCUUCACCUACAACUGUCUAGCCGACUCCAGAGACCUGUACAGCGAGUGCCUGCGGACCUUCUGGAACUGUCCCCACUGUGACCUCUACAUGCCACUGACCCCUCUGGAGCGCAUGCAGCAUGAGACCACCUGCAGGCCAGCGGGGGAACAGCAGCAGGACGAAGGGGAAGAUGGCAGAAAGCCAAUCUCCUCCUCCUCCGCCCGCUCCAGCCUAAGCAGAGUUUACCACUGUGACGUCUGCAAUGAAGACCUGAACCUCACGUCCACGGAGAUCCUCAAGCACAAAAGGCAGCACAUGUACUCUGCUAACUCUAUACAGUAAACACACCUGCGACCCCUGGUGGGCACUCAGCUGGACCCCCUGCAGUUUGCUUACCGGCCUAGGAUCGGAGUAGACGACGCAGUGAUCUACCUGCUGCACAGAUCACUGCUACACCUGGAG